AUGACUGAUGAAAUUCAAAAAGUUAAAAUAGAUAUAGCUUUAAAUCAUGCAAUCAUAUUUGUUGGUACAGAUGUAUCUAUUUAUACAACAAACGAUGAAAAAGAUGUUUUCUAUUGGAAAGGAUUAUUAAAAGAUGGACUUGAAGGAUGUUACCAGUCGGGAUGGAUCAGUGACAAGGAAUUUGAGGAUUUCAAUAACAAGUUCGACAGUGACACAGCAGAUAUUGAUGAUUAUUUGCUUGCUAUCAAUCGAAUUAAGUUUUGUUUCAAAAUAGAAAGUGAUGAAUAUCCAACAUGGUUAAGAGAAAUAGUAGGAAAAUUAUCAGCUAAAAAACCGGAACUUAUUAAAGCUAUAGGGGAAUUAGGAUGUCCAAUUCUAACAACUAAUUAUGAUUUACUUCUUGAAGAUAUACUUGAAAAAAAGCCAUUAACUUGGAAUAAAUAUUAUAUUAAUAAUAUCGAUGAUUCGUUGGAGAAUCUAAAAAAUUAUAUUCUACAUGUACAUGAAGAUUUCGAAGAAUCAAAUAGUAUAAUUCUCAGUAGUAACAAUUAUAAUGAAAUUCGUGAAAAUGAAUUUGAACAAUCAAAAUUGAGAACACUUCUGGAAACAAAAACUUUGUUAUUCAUUGGAUAUGGUGCUGGAAUGUCUGAUCCAAGUUUUUCAAAUUUAUUGAAAUGGAUAUUUCAUAUAACAGAUAAGAAAUCAUUAUCAAUUUAUAAAUUUAUUAAAUCAAAUAAAAAUAAAAUGUUUAAUCAACUAUCAAAUGUUUCAUUUUUAGAGAAUAUUAAAGAAAUUCAAUUUGGUAAUACUUUCGAAGAUUUAUUACAAUUUAUAAAAAAUCUCAAAUCAUUUACACCACUAAUACAUAAAAGUUUAUCAUUGACAAACAAAAAAGAGAAUAUUCGCGAAAAAUAUUUAAAUUAUCUUAUUAAUGAAUAUGGACAUGUAUCAAUAUUUGGAUUUUCUAAUAUUAACAUUAAUUUGCCUUUGCAAAGCGUUUAUGUUGAAUUAAAAUUUGAUCCAACACAUCCAUCGAUUAAAGCAAUGAAAAUGCUCGAAAUUAAUGAAGAAUUUAAACGUAAACUUUUAUCUCCUGGUUUUUUUAAUGAAAAUGAAAGAAAACAACUAAAUAGAGCUAUCUUGGAAACAAAUGCAUCCAAUCCUGAUACUAUCUAUAAAGACUUCAUGAUUGAUCAAUGGUUAAAUGUAUUAUUAAAUAAUAAAAAUAUAUUUACUAUAAAUGAAGUAAAUGCUAUCAAAAAUAAAUUGAAUCAAUUAAAACAAAGUAUUUUAGAAAAAAAUAACCUUAAAGAAGCAAAACAGUAUCAAAUUCAACAAGUAUAUUAUAAAUUUAAGCAUUUUAUAAUUUUAGGUAAUCCUGGUUCAGGUAAAACUACUUUAUCAAAAUGGUUAAUAAUAAAUAUGGCUAAGCAAUGCUUAGGUAAGAAAAAUAUGUUAUUUGAUAAUAAUUGUUCUAUCAAAAAUAAAAUACCAAUUCUUAUUCCAAUAUGGAAAUAUAUUGAUCAAUUAAAAGAAAAUUCAAAUAAACAAAAACAAACAUUACUUCAAUAUAUCUAUGAAAAUAUUAAUACACUUAAUUCAACAUAUUUCAAUGAUGAAGAACGAAAAGAACUAUCAUCUUUCAUCAUAGAAUCAUUAUUAGAAGGAAAUAUUUUAGUUAUUUUUGAAGGAUUAGAUGAAGUUCCUAUUCACAUAGAUCGAUCGGAUUUAAUGAAAGAAAUAAAUACAUUAUUGGAACGAGGAAUAGAUUAUGAUAUAAAAUCUAAUAAACUUAUUUAUUCAACUUAUGAACAAAAAGAAAUAAAUAAUACUAAAGAUCCAACUAUUGGAAAUCGAUUUAUUGUAACAAGUCGUAUUGAAGGAAAUUAUUUUGAAGAGAUCAAUUUUUAUAUUCCAAGAUUAACUAUUGAAGACAUGACAAAUGAUGCUCUAAAAUUAUUUUGUAGUUCAUAUAUGGAAUGUAUUCAAAAUAUUUCUAUUAAAAAUGGAAGACAUAUUAAAGAACAUAAAAUAGAUCAAUUAUAUAAUAAUAUUACGAAAAAUAAAGAUAUUUUUCAAUUAGCAAUCAAUCCACAAUUAGCUAGUAUAAUUGUUUCAGUUUAUUAUCAAUAUGGCGAUAAAUUGCCCGAGAAAAGAAUUGAUUUAUAUGAAAAAGCUAUCGAACAGAUAAUAGAACGAUUAGUUAUUUGUAAUAUUAAUUCUCCAACAUAUUAUGUAAGUCAAGAGCUUGAAUUAAAUACUAUUAUAUUAUGGUCAAUAAUGCAAGAUAUAGCUGAAUAUCUACAUAGUAAAGUUGAAGGACUAUCAGAAAAUAUUUUAAAAAAAAUAAUAAGAAAAUGUUUAUUUGAUUAUCAAAAACAAUCAUCAAAAAAUUCUAAACUAAAUAUUGAUGAUUUAAUUUUAAAUCUUAUAGAUAUUUUUAAAUAUCAAGCAGGUUUAUUCAAUGAAUUUGGUCAUAAUAGUUUUCGAUUUAUACAUCGUACAUUUCAAGAAUAUCUUGCAGCUAAAAGUAUUAUUUAUUCUUAUGGUAUUAAACGAUCUGAAGAUAUCAUUUAUGAAAAUAUUAAAAAUAAAAUUGGUAAUCCUAAUUGGAGAGUACCUCUCAGUAUGACAUUUGGAUUAUUAAGUAAAUCAAUUCAACAUAAUGAAUUAUUUAACAAUAUUAUUAUACGAUUGUUAAAAGAUGAACAAGAUUCAUCUAAUACACUUCUAGUAUCAUUUGUUAUUAUUGAUUCAUUAAACGAUAUGUACUUUUCAUUAAAAGAAAUAGAAUAUGAAUUGAUUAAAAAAUUAGCAGAUAUGUUAUUGUUGGAUUAUGAAAAUAUAUCUGGUUUUUCAAGAUUAAAAGAACAUCAAGAAUUAAUUGAAUCAUAUUUUUUGAAAUUGAAAAAAAAAUAUGAUUGUACAAUGACAGAAUGGUUCAUUGAAAAGAUAAAUAAUGAAGAAAAUAUUGCUGCAUGUGCCAAUAUUAUAUAUCAACUUAAAUGGUAUAAUUCAAUAUUUCAUGAAAUAUUUCUAAAGAAUUUACACAAUGAUUCUAUCAAUUGGAAUUGGUCAAUCGAUUCAAUUUUACGAUUUUAUUCAAAUGAUAUUAAAAAUAAAGCAAUUUUAACUCAAUUAAAAUUUAAAAAUGAAAUCAAUAAAAAUCCCAAAAUUAUUAAAUAUAUUAUAAAGAAUAAUGAUUGGUUACAAUAUUAUGAAAUAGCUCAAUUUCUUGAUUUAAGUGAUAAUCAAAGGGCACCAUUUAUAUUUUAUUAUCAAGAAGUUUGGGAUAGAAAUGAUCCAGCCUAUAGUAUGGCUGUACAUCUUGAUACAGUUGUGCCUACACAUCAUUGGAACGAAAAACCAAUAUUUAACAAAAAUGAAAUCUAUAAAGAAUCAUUUUUGACAACCAAGAUUUUAGAAUUACUCAAUGAAGAAAAAUCUACAACAGAUUUAAAAGAAGAAUUACGAAAACAAUUAAAUAUUCAAAAUUUGAAUACAAAUGAAAAAAUGGAUACAUACAUCGCAUUAAUCAUUUUAGGAGAUUUUGAUUUUAUAAAUAUUCUUAUAAAAGAAGAAGAAGAAAUGUUUAUAAAAUAUUUUACUAACAGAAUAGAACAAUUAAUUUAUAUUUUAAAAGAUCCAAUCGCAAGAUGGUCGUCAUAUAUUUCAAAAUAUUUACUUGCAAUUUAUAAUAGCAUAAAAGUCAAUCAAUUGAAAUUCAAUCUUAAUUUUUCUGAUUAUUGCAAAAUAUAUUUAUCUUUAAUAGCUAAUAGUGGAGGAUUACCAAUCGACACUAGCGAACUAGCUGAAGCUAUGGAUAACAGUGAAAAUAAAUAUAGUCUAUAUGCAGAAUAUUUUGCCUUCAAAUGUACUGGCUUUUUUGAUAAUUUCCGAUAUAAUAUUGCUGUUAUAUCAGAUACGUUUAAGGAUGCAGGAAAAAUCGAUCAAAUUAUGGAAUCAUUUUUAAAAAUUAGUGAUACAAUUCAGAUUUAUAGACCGAUUCGAGCAUAUCCAUGGCCUACAGAUAUAUUUACUUUUAAGUUAAUUUAUGAAGAUGAUAUACCAAUAGCAUUUUUCAAUUGUUUGGAGAACAUCAAUACAAACGUACCAUAUCUAGUGGAUAGCGUUUCUGAGAUCUUCUUUAGGGAAGGAUAUUUCAAUAGAAAUCCGGAAUUGAUUCCAUUAGUUAUAUUAUUACACUUUGGAAUUAUGUCGAAAGAUUUAGAUAGAUUUAAGAUCUACAAGAAUUUACUACCUGAAUUAGUUGAUAAGUCAGAUCUUAAAGAUUUUCUAUUUGAAAAAAUUCAAUCAAUGUGUAAUCCCUACUAUAAAUCGAGAGCAUUAUAUCAAUUAGCUGAAUUUUAUGAUGAAAAAAGUUAUGAACUAUUAAAUGAAUCUUUUACAUUAACAAAACAUAUUCAAGAGCCAACUUUAAAAUUUCAAGUUUUGGAAAAGAUCUUUAGUAUUGUUCAUUAUAAAGAACUACAAUAUAAAUUAUUCAUUCAACAAAUAGUCAACGAAUUAGUUUUAACAUUUGAUAAUAUUAAAGAUCUUUAUAAUCAAUUUAUUGCAUCUAUAAGAUUAUCAUUUUAUGGAUCAGGAGAAUUUCGAAAAAAAUAUUUAACAAAUGCUAUAGAAAUACUUACUAAAAUGGAUGAAGAUGAUAAUAAACUUAAAUUAAUUAUUAAAUUAAAACCAUUAAUUAAUAUUUACGAUGAUCUUCAAAUCAAGCUGAAUGAAAUUAUAGAAACUCUCAAAAAUAAAAUACAUAAUUAUUUUAUCAAUUCUUAUUAUGGAAGAAUAUUAUUUACUGAAAUAUUACCUGUUCAUAUUUCAAAUUUAAGUUUAGAUAUAAGUCAAAAUUUAGAAAAUGAAAAUAGUAACAAGAAAAUUGUAGAUAUUUCAGAUUAUACGGAGCUUCAAGCUUUAUUUUUAUUAUUCGCACAAUUGAAUGACAUAAAAUUAGUAAUUAAUAAAACAGAGAAUACAGAUCAAUUAUGGAUUAAUCUUUUUAAAGAUACUAAUAAUCAGUCAAAUAUUGAAGAGAUAUUAAACAUUGGUUUACGUAAUGAAAUAUUUUUGACACCACAAGUAGCAAUUAUUAUCGAUGAAUUAAUAGAAAAAAGAAAAGAAGAUAUUAUUUCAAUUAUUUUUCCAUAUAUUAUAAAACCAUCAAAUGAAGUAUUACCUAUUGUUCAUCGAUGGUUUACUGAUUACAAUAAUAAUCAAAUUAAAAAAUUAUCAGCUCUUUUACUUGCAGAAGCAAAACAUAUUUUUGAACCAGCAAUUGAUACAAUUAUUGAUUUACUAAAAAUCGAUAAUGAUCAAAUGAGAUAUAGAGCUCAACGAAUUUUUCAACAUCCAGAAAGAAAUCCCAAAGAACCUAAUAAGAGAAUAUCUGUAAUAAGUGAAAAAACAUUGAUGAAAAUUCUUAAAAAUAUACUGGUAAAAGAGCAACUUCCACGAGUUCGAGCUUAUAUUGCUAGCUUUUUCUAUGAUUUAUUAUGGGAUGAUCCGACAGUUUUUCGCAACUUAUAUAAAAAUAUAAAUCAAUCGGAAGAUAGAAACUCUACCAGCAGAAGAAGAAUGGACUUUUUCAGUAGGAUUCAUUUCAUAAAUGAUCCUACUUGGAAUUCAAUAAUGGGAACAUUAGAAUCAUCGCUAGAUCCAUCGUAUAUAGAAGAACUACUCUACUCAACAAUGUUAUUAAUGCAGUAUAAUCAAAUUACACAAGAAAAAUGGCUCGAAUUUGCAAGAAUACUAUCAGUUACAGACACAAGUCAAUUUAGAGAAAAAUUAUUCUUUGUAUAUACAGAUGUAGAAAGAAUAGAAUUUAUUAUUGAUAACAUUUACGCAUUAACAAAUAUUAAUGAUGAAACAUUUUUUGAAAUUCUUGAAUCAAAAAUAAUUAACGAAAUAUCUAUCAAAGUUGAAAAUCUUGCACAAAAUACUUAUAAUGAAAUGAAACGUAUAGGUAGAUGUAACUUUUAUGUCUCAAAUAACUUAAAUAAAACAAUAUUAAAUAUAUUAAAUAAUAUUUCAAUAAACAUUAUUCUUAUGGAAAAUUUAAUUAAAUGGUUAAUAUUACAAAUGACAAAUUUUAAAGGUUUUAAUGAUACUAUAUUUUCUUUGACAUUAUGUGAAAAUUUAUUAUCUUUAGUUUCUGCUUGUGUUCAAAAGGAAGAUUAUUUGUAUCGAAAAAUAAUAAAUUCUUCAAAUUUUAAUAAAAUUCAAAUAAUUAUACUUUUAGAAAAAAUGCUUAAUUAUCAUCCAUAUUUUCCAGCAAGAGGCAAUGCUUUCAUAUUACUUUCAGCAAUGGAUCAAUCUGAUCACAAAGUAAUCAUAAACGCCAUGAACACAUUACUUGAUGAAAAUGUUGUGAAAGAAUAUUCUGUAAUUGGAAUUCCUUUAAUACAUUUAUUACCAAAUGCAUUUAUCGAUGAUUUACUAGAAUCUUUAAAAAAUGAAAGUGCUAUUAAAGCUUAUGAAAUAUUAAAAAUUUUCAUAGAAUUAGCUUUAAAUGAAAAAAUAGAUGCAGACAGUAAAACAAAGAUAAUAAAAUAUUUAGUAAACGAAAUUGGCCAAUUAAAAUCAAAGAAGCCUAUUAAUUAUUACUAUACGGAAAUAAAAAUUCCCUUUACAACAACAUUAGAAAAUGAACUAUAUAAAGCAUGGAUUAAAAUACAAGGGUUAUCUGGUAAAACACAAUUCUAUCUUUUCACACAUUCUACUAUAAAACAAAUUCGAACUCAAAUAAAACAUUUUAUUAUAUUUCAUUUGAUUGAAUAA